AUGGGUUCCGCCGGCAUCAAGACUUAUAGCGUCACCUCGAAAGAGGAAUUCUAUGGACUCCCAACUUUCCCCGAGGCCGAGGGCAAAAAGUACUCUGCCAUCGUUACUGGUGCCAACGGCAUUACUGGAGCUCAUAUGCUCCGAGUCCUGGCCGAGGCUCCAGAGCGCUGGGGAACCAUCUAUGCUCUAAGCCGAAAGCCUCCGAGUGUCCGCAUCCCAGGAAACGUCAAGUAUCUGGCCAUUGACUUUCUUGCGCCUUCCGAAGAAAUUGCGCAACAGCUGAAAGAGCAGGUACCCAAAGUAGAUUAUGUGUUCUUUGCUUCUUACAUUCAGGCCCCUCCUAAGGAAGGUGAGGGUGUCUGGUCUGACGAUGCAGAGAUGGAGCGACUAAACAUGCUUCUUUUGUCGAACUUUCUGUCUGCAUUGACUCUGUCUCAAAAAAUCCCGAAGCGAUUCCUUCUCCAGACAGGUGCUAAGCAUUAUUCCGUACACCUUGGACCGCCUCUAAAUCCAAUGGAGGAGUCAGAUCCUCGUUUCCUUGCCAAACCUAACUUCUAUUAUCCCCAGGAAGACCUCCUCUGGAAAUGGUCGCAUGAAAAUGGCACUGAGUGGAAUGUCACUCGCCCUUUGUUCAUCAUCGGUGCCGUGCCCGAUGCAGCAAUGAACAUUGCCAAUGGAUUGGCUCUGUAUGCUGCAAUUCAGAAGGAGCUUGGACAGCCGCUUGAGUUCCCUGGUGAUACCUCAGCCUGGGACGCUGAGAAGCCCUUGUCAUCUGCGCUUUUGAUCAGCUACCACGCUGAGUGGACGGUUCUUACGCCAUCCACUGCCAACGAGGCUCUGAAUAUUUCCGAUGGCGGCUCUUUCAGCUACGGCAAGUUUUGGCCUGUGCUUGCUGCUGCUUACGGUAUUCCAUAUGGAAUUGCAGAGGUCGAUGACGCCAAGUUUCAGAUUGUCGACAUGCCCAUCUCCCCUCCCCCGAGAGGCUUUGGACCCGCAGGCAGGAUUAGAAUCGCCCGAAGCUUCGAGGCGUGGGCGCACAAGCCCGAAGUCAGAAAGGCAUGGGAGACAUUGAAGGCACGACACAAUUUGACGCCGAAGCCCGAUCCAUUUGACAAGGUGCAAGACAUAUUUGGCUUGUUGGAUGGUGAAAUGCUUGGACCGUGGGGAAGGAGCUUGAGUAUGAACAAGAGUCGAAAGCUGGGAUGGAAUGGAUUCGUUGACACUCAAGAGUUGAUCUUUAAGACUUUUGAGGAGUUGGCGGCUCUGAAGAUGAUCCCACCUUUCCAGAGACCAAAAGCCAUCGAGGUCAAGUACUAUGGCUAUUAG